AUGCUGCUCUUUUGUGUGAUACUAUGUCUGCCAUGGAUUCUUCAAAGUCAAGGUAUUUCACAUUAAAACAGGCUGCUGUCUGCAUUUCUUUAAUUCUAUGAGGUUCAGUUACUAAACAUAGCAUUGUUGUAUGGAGUUGAAAACUUGAGUUGCAAAGUUUAGGCAAAAAUAGUUGAUUUGGAAUAAUUCUCUAAAAUGUGUUUAGUCAAAGCUUGACUGUGUUAGCCUAACUAUUGCAAUUUGUUUUUUAAUGUAUUGAUUCAACCCAUAUCUAUCUAUAGCUAUCUCUUGCAUCUAAUACUGUAAUGCAGGGCUUCCAAAUCUUUAAUGGGCCAAGACCCACGCUUGUAAAUGGUAAUUUUUCACGACCCAUACGCUUGUAAUGCAUAUUUUAAAAAUGAAUAAACUUGGCACUUCAUGGCAAUCGGCUUUAGAUGCAUACAGUUGGCACAUCAUGGCAAUCAGUGUUAGAUGCAUUAAAUUGGCACACCAAUGCAGUUUUAGAGGCAUGCAAUUGGCACACCACGGCAAUCAGUUUUAAAUGUAUAAAAUUGGCCUUUCAUAGCAGUUUAGAGGCAUAAUUUGACAGCUCAUGGCAGUUUUAAACACAUAAUUUGGGGAUAUAAUGGCAGUUUUAGAGGCAUAAACUUGGCACAUCAUGGCAAUCAGCUUUAGAUGCAUGAACUUGGCACAUCAUGGAAAUUAGUUUUAGAGGCAUACAACUGGUUAUUCACGGACUAGAGUGACCUUUUUAAAAGUAAAAUAUGAUACAAGAAUAAUAAUUGUUAAUUGUCUUUAAAAGGACAAUCCAAUCACCAUAACUACUACAGCUCAUUGUACUGGGUAUAGUGCCAGGAGUGCUCUGACACCUUCUCACUAUACCCAAAUAAUUUUUGGCUAGACAUCCAAUCAUUUGACUUCUUACCUGCAGUCUUCUGCGCACUUUGGCAACUCACAAUGCUGCAUGCCAGGGAACUUCUGAGACUAUAACCACAACAGGGUGCUGUACCAGUUAUGGUUCUUGAAGUGUUCUUUCAAGUAAAUAGCCUCUUUCUUUUGAUGCACAGUUGCUAGCUACAUAUAAUAAAAGGUAUUUUGAUGAGAGAACAGUAUUGAACGAAUCGUGGGAAAUAUUUUCUAUAUCCGCUGCUUUGAUAUCCCUCUAGAAUGUAAGCUCAUUGAGCAGAGCCCUCCACCUCUCUGUUCCUGUGUGUCCAACUUGUCUGGUUACAACCACAUGUCUGUUAGUCCACCCAUUGUACAGCGCUACGGAAUCUGAGAGUGACUCAUUUGUUGACGUCAAAAUAGGCGAGGUUGUUUUUUUACUGAGAGCAUGCUACAAUAUACAAGAUCAUUAAAUUACGUUUUCUUUAAGUUAAGUUAUAGUUUCAGUUCUGCUAUAACUUGCCUAAAAUUUGAAACUCACUUUGAAUUCUUAACAAAUCACACUUUAUUGAUCACAAUGGUUUUGCAUUUAUGCCACUGAAAAUAUCACUCCACAUUUUAGGCCUCAUCAGGGUGUUGCACGGUUAAAUAAACACCUGAGGCUUGAGCCCAAAACAAAACAUGAUUAACCUCUACACCAGUGGUUCCCAAACUUUUUAGGUUCAAGGUGCCCUUAAUAUUUCAAUAUUUUUCCAAGGCACCGCAAGUCACAAUUUCUAGGUUGUAUAUCUGUACAGCGCUGCGGCAUUUACUGGCGCUAUAGUGUAAUGUACAGUCUUCGCGGCCCCCCUGUGUGCCUGUCGGGGUGCCGUGGCACACAGUUUGGGAACGGCUGCUCUACACUAAUAGAGAGGUGGAGAUGCCAUGCUCAAAGGGAUCUCAAUUAAAGUAUAGCUGCUAUGAGUAAAAGUUAAAAAUAAAAUCCCCCAACUAAUAUCUUCUUGCCUCCUUUGAUGCAUGUUGAGAUCCGGGGCUUCAGCCCCCAAAGCCUCCCUCGCAAUACCUCUGGACAUCAGCAUUUACAUCACCGCCAAAGUUAUUAUUUAUUAUAAUUAUUGUGAUGGGGCCAACAUAUUCUGCUGUGCUUUACAGUUUUACAAAAGGGAUUUAAAAGUGCAAAAUUAAAAUACAACUUAUUGUGAACAAAAACAAUUACUGGAAAGCAUGCCGCUCAGAUUAAUGGGGAUCUUUGAAGUAGAGGAUAAGGGAAACGGCAGCUUCAAACACAAAGAAAUUAUACUUUCGCUUUAAACUCACCCAUUUGUAUUAUUAUAACAGAUUACACAAUAGGUCUUUUCACAAAACAUUGCGUGCAGAGGACUGAAUGAAAGGAGAUUAUUCUUUUCAUGCAAAUCCUGUACUUAACAAAACUUUGCAAGCACACCUAACAGCUAUCUCAUUAGCUAUCUCUUAUAAUAUUAUCUUAUAUAUUUUUCUAAUAUUUUCCAUAAAAUUCUGAAAAUUUUAGACUGCACAGAUCUGGUAGAAAGUUACUAGCAACUGUGAUAUUGUAUAGAAUUAUUUUACAUUUUUUAUUGAAUUUGUAAUAUUGUUUUGUAUAUGUAAUCUAUAUUUUUUUUGCAGAAUAGACCCUUACAUUAGAUUGAUACACACACAAUAGGUAUUGGGUAAAGGGGUACUCAACGCUGAAAUUCACUACUCUUUUUUUAAUGUUUAAAAUGCACAUAAAGAUCUUUUAAAUUUAUUUAUUUUUUUAAAUAUAUAACAUUAAUUUUUACUCAGACAGCACUUCUGUAGCUAGUCCAGAGAUUCAUCUUCAGUGUUGAGGCUUAUGUGUGUUAAUAGCAUUCCCACAGUGAUGAGGACAAAUACGGUAAAUCUAGAUUUUUUCCCCCCCCACUCUUCCCCAUCCUCGCAUGUAUGUUUAGGCCAAUGUGACUAUUCUCCUCUGCUUACAUGUAAUUUAAAUAAGCUUCAGCCGUUCCGUAUCCAGCCUACUGAGAGACUACCUGGAUGUCUUCUUCUAAUGCAUGCUGCUUGACGUUCGACAGUUCAGUUCAGGCAGUGCUGUCAUGAGUUAAGCUGUUUAUGUAGACUGAUAAGUAAUGUAAAGGUAAAGAGGAGGAAGGGCAAAAGAGGCAGGCUUAUAGUAUAGAUUUUUGCUAAAUACACAUUUAUUUUUCCAUAGAUAUAAAGAUUUUAGCAUGUACAGUAUUGCUGAGGUCAUGCAAAUGUAUUGAAGCUUUAUUGCUGCCCUGAGUGGCCCUUUAAUCGUCUUAUUAUGGGUGACAACUCUGUGUCAUCCACAGCUCUUCUGCAAUGUGGAGGUUGUUAAUGCCUUUUUUAUCUUCUAAUCUUCUAACGGAUUUGAGAAUUCCUCUUCAUUAUAAAAAGGAAUGUGCUGACCGCAGUGUAUAGUGAUACACAAUGAGGAAGUGCUGAAAGGCACAUCCACAUUCUUAUUGCUGUGGCGCAAGGGAGGACCACAGCUGGUGCCUAUACCUCACUUGUCAUCACCAAAAGGGGGAAAGAGAAUCCUUGUUAGAAAGGGCAGGUAUAUAGAUAAAUAAAUAAUAAAAAAAAAAAAAUAGGUUGCGCCACAGUUAGCUAAACAUAAUACAGACUGCAAAAAUGUACAUACAUAUAUUGAACAGAGCAAGGAAAUAUAUAUUACAAAAGUACAGAUAGAGAAUGGAUAGGAGGAGGACCAGGUAGUCUUGCCGGUACUUGAAUUUCGUGUGAAUCUAAGUGGAUUCUUGGACUUGAACUAGUCGAGUUUUCUCAGUGCAGGUUGGAAUAUGUGAACACAAAAAAAGAAACUCCAAUAGUGUAGAUGGCAAACAGGGCCGGACUGGGGAUACAAAACAGCCCUGGAAAUAAAUCUAUGCCAGCCUCAUAAGUCAUUGCGCCAUAUAUUGUCACAUGUAAUAUGUAAGGCAAUGUCUUGCCACCCCAGAAGAUUAAGUAAAAUAUAUAUAUAUUGCUUUUUCUAAUAUAAAAUAUUGGUCCUUUCAGAGUAAAAUGUUUAAUUAUACAGUAAGCAUACUCACAUGCAGACACAGACAAUCUCACUGACACACACAAGCUCAUUGAUACACAGCCUCAUAGACAAACAAUCUCACUGAUAUACAUAAGCUCAUUGACAUAAAAACACAAGCUCACUCACUAGCAGGCGCACACACACAUGCAAGCAAGCUCACUCACUAGCAGGCGCACACACACACAGCUUAAUGUAGUGGUUCGGUUGUCUAUAGCCUGUCCCUGCAGGCUUUUCAAUGUAAACACUGACUUUUCAGAGACGGUAACUAGAGGUGCUUCCUGUGUCAGUGCUGCACAGUGUGCAGCACCUACAUGCAGGGCCUUCAUGCUCUGGAGGCGCUGAACGUUCCCCAUAGAGAUACAUUGAUUCAAUGCAUCUCUAUGAGGAGAUGCUGAUUGGUGUAGCGUUUUGCAGCCAAUCCUAUGGAAAAGCAUUGGAAAAACAAAAAGGUGAGUAACACUAUUUUCAAACACACACAGACACACACAUACACCAUGACAGACACACACACCCCACGACACACACAUACACCAUGACAGACACACUCCUAACACACAUAUCAUGACAGACACACACACACACACACACACCAUGACAGACACACACACCUUGACACACACACACACACACACCAUGACAAAGACAAACCAUGACACUGACACACACGCCAUUACACAAACAGACACCCACAUCAUGACACAGAUAGACAGACACACACUCCAUGACACAGACAGAUACACACACUCCAUGACAGACACACCAUGACACAGACACACCAAGACACAGAUAGACACACACCAUGACAGACACACACACACCAUGACAGACACACACACACACCAUGACUACUGACCCCCCUCCCUUCCCCUAAUACACUUCUGACCCCCCUCCCCUAAUACACUACUGACCCCCCUCCCCUAAUAUACUACUGACCCCCUCCCUAAUACACUGCUGACCUCCCUCCCCUCCCCUAAUAUAUUACUGACCCCCCUCCCCUAAUAUACUACUGACCUUGCUCCCUUCCCCUAAUACAUUACUGACCCCCUUCCCCUAAUACAUUACUGACCCCCUUCCCCUAAUACAUUACUGACCCCCCUCCCAUAAUAUACUACUGACCCCGCUCCCUUCCCCUAAUACAUUACUGACCCCUCCUCCCCUAAUAUAUUACUGACCCCUCCUCCCCUAAUACACUACUGACCUCCCUCCCCUAAUACGCACCCCAACCCCUCCUAAUACACUACCCCGAGCCCCCCCUCUCCCUAAUACACUACCCAGCCCCCCUCUCUAAUAUACUACUGAGCCCUCCUCCUAAUACACACUGACUGACCCCCUCCUAAUACAUUACUGACCCCCCCUCCCCUAAUACACUACUGACACCCUCCCAUGUACACUACUGAGCCCCCUUCCCUAGCCACUACUGACCCUCCUCCCCUAUUACACUACCGAGCCUCCCUCCCCUAAUACAUUACCCCUGACCCCUCCCUCCCUAAUACAUUACGGCCCCUCCCUAAUACCACUACUAUUUGACCCCUCCCUAAUACACUACUGACUGACCCCCUCCCUAAUAACAUUACUGACCCCCUCCCUAGUAUACUACUGACCCCCUACCCUAAUACACUACUGACCCCCCCUCCCUAAUACACUACUGAAAGCCGGACCCCCCCUCCCUAGCCACACUACUGACCCCCUCUAAUACACUACUGACUGACCCCCCUCCCCUAAUAUACUACUGACCCCUCUCCCCUAAUACACUACUGACUGACCACCUCCCCCCAAAUGCAAUACACAAUACAAUAGGUCCCCCAAGCCCCUUUAUUCUUACCUUUACAACAGUUCAAGGGUGCAGGAGGGAAGAGAUUCUGCCGCGCAGCCGCCGGAUGUGACGUCAUGUCAUCAUAUGCCGCUCACAUCCGGCGGCUGACAGGAAGUAUAUGUGCGCUCGCUCAGCAAGCGGAUCGCGCGGCCGCAUAGACUAACAGGAAAAAACAUUUUUUUUCCUGUCUUGUGGCUGAGUGCAGCCACAUCUCAAAGCGGCCCCAGGGCUGGCGGCCUACCGGGAAAUUUCCCGGUAUCCCGGUAGGCCAGUCCGGCCCUGAUGGCAAAUGACCAGAAGAGACAAGAUUCACAGUAAUGUGGUAUUUACACUCACCUAUUGGAGAGCUAAAACUAGCUAAAUUAUAAUUGGCAUUCAGUGGCGUCGAUCCCCCACUGGUAGGAUAUGAGUGAUGAUAGCCAAACGAAGGUCCUCGGUAUUUGGAAGAAAUAAAAACAAAUAUAGUGCUCACUGUGGUUUUAGCAAAGCAGAUAAAUGUAGAAACGUAAAGUACUCACAUUUGAGUGAGCAGGAAUAUACUGCUCACUAUCAUAGGGUAGGUGGUACAAUCCCCAACUAGGGAUUCUUGGGCGGGUGACUGCUCCGAAGUAGCUGAUGACCUGAUUAAAAAAUACAAAAUAAUUAAAAAAAUUGUAGUUACAAACAAACAAAAAAAUGAAUAGAAAAGGUAUGUGGCAUAUAUAAUUUAAAGGAAUAGAAAAGAUAUGUGGCAUAUAUAAUUUAAAUGAAUAGAAAAGGUAUGUGGCAUAUAUAAUUUAAAAAGCCAAUAUUCCUUUUUGCCAUCUACACUAUUGGAGUUUCUUUUUUUAUGUUCACAUAUUCCAGCCUGCACCGAGAAAACUUGACUAGUUCAAGUCCAAGAAUCCACUUAGAUUCACACCAAAUUCAAGUACCGGCAAGACUACCUGGUCCUCCUCCUAUCCAUUCUCUAUCUGGACUUUUGUAAUAUAUAUUUCCUUGCUCUGUUCAAUAUAUGUAAAUAAAUUUUUGCAGUCUAUAUUAUGUUUAGUUAACUAUGGCACAACCUAUUUUUUUUUUUUUUUUGCUUUACCUCUCUGUUUUGAGCGUUUGUGAGGGAACCUCAUAUCCAUAGGUUGCUGCCUUAUACUUAUUUCAGCUUUAGGUUGAUCAUACAAGCGCUGAUCCAACAUCUACUUUUUAUAUAGAUAAAUCAGUAUUUUAAAGACAGAGUCUCAUCAAACUAAUUAAUCCCGAUGUGGAGCUGACAUUUUCUGUAGCCCCUGUAUUUAGGAUGAUAUUGGUUCCUUUGUAGAACAAUGCUGUUGUAAAAAUCAGAUUUUUGUAUACUUUACAAUGUUUAUAAUAUAAAGUGAAAAGAUCCAAAGUAGAAAAAUUCUCUUAGUCAGCUAUGCUCUCAGUACGGCUACUCUAACCUUAAAUUUGCUUUCAGUUCACUUUUAAUUCUCGAAAUAUAGAAAAGGUAGAAGAAAUCGCGCCCAAAAAUGAUGUGCAGAAAUGUAUACGUACACAGGUCUUUUAAGGUUGUAUACAAAGUUGGCCUUAAAGAUAAAAAACAAAAAGUAAUAAUAGUACAGUACAGUAUGUACAAUGAAUAAGUGAUGAAUACUCUUGAGUAGUGUUCACUCACAUUUGAUUGAGCUAACUCAGAGCUCAGCUGUAUUUACGCAUGGACGGAACAAUCCCCGUCUAAGGAUAUAUGAUGAUGUGGGUGUCCCAGAUGUCUCAGAUGAACUGCAGUAUGCAGGACAUAUAUAGGAGCAAGUACAAAAAAUAAAUACUCCAAUGGUGAAGUAAGUACUGGUGAAUAUAAAAUGAAAAAAUAUAAUGUACUAACAUUUACAAGAGCAGAACUUGCUCUAGUAUAUACAGCAUGGGUGGUAUAAUCCCCACCUAGGAAUAUGAUGGUGCCAGGAAGCAAUGGAUGGAAAAAUUAAUGUAUAAAUAUAAAAUAUACUAUUUAUUUACCAAACAAAAAAAAAACUAAAAAUAUAGAAUAACUUUAAGGAGACCCACUUUACGCGUUUCGCCUCUCCAAAGCUUCUUCAGAAGUGACAGUUUCUACUACCUUUUCCAUAUUUCACUAUUCACAAGGUUUGGGAAUCCUUGUACUAGUUAUUGCAGCCCAUACUCAUCCUGUGUUAUACUACAGUGAGCGCCUAUUUCUUCCAUUUGUCUACACUUGAGCGAUUAACCCUGUAAAUUCUAUAGCAUUUUCUGCAUACAUUAAAGCUGGUACAAAGUAACAAAAUGUAGUACAUUUAAUCAUUCAAUCAUUUACAUUUUUAUUGAGAAACAUAGGUGUAUAGCUUUUUUGUGAAUGCAUAUUUUAAAAAAUUUCAUAAUAUGAUUUCCAAUCUAUACUAUAGAAAACUGCACAAUUUGUUUUUUUUGCAAUCGUUUUCAACAUUUUUAAGUUAUUUACUAAAUGUGCAUGAUCUACUAAAAAACAACUACUUAUAAUUUGAAUUGGUAACUCUCAGAACAAAUACUGACAUUGGUGCUUAAAGGGGCACUCUUCAUACCUAAAUCACUUAAGCUUGCUGAAUUUUACAAAAAAGUGCAUUUUAAAAUAAAUAAAGUAUUUUCUUUUUAUUACAUUAUUCCCUUAGAUUAGUAGUUAUUGUCUAAAAUGUGAAUUACGUUUAUCAAGCAGAAGUGGUGGAGGUCAAACCAGUUAUUUAGAGCUAGACUUCAUAUUCAUAAUUACACUCUCCCGCGAACCAAAAAGACUGUUUCACACAUUUAACUCUUUUCUUUGCCCUGCUGUUCCUCCUCCACCUACUAAUUUGACCACCUCAGACUUUGCAACUCACUUCACUGACAAGAUCUCUACAAUCAGAGAAGAGAUCUCUUAUAUUUCUUCUUCCCCUUACAAUACUUCCCGUAACUUCACUCCCUCUGCUGUUCUAUGUUCAUUCGCACCCGCUACAUUGGAAGAGAUUUCUGCUCUGCUCCACUCCUCCCGCCCCACCACCUGCUCCCUAGAUCCAAUUCCCUCGCAUCUCAUCCAUACUCUGUCUUCUUCUCUUUCUCCACCUCUCACUAAAAUUCUCAAUCUCUCUCUCGCCUCUGGUAUAUUUCCAUCACCCUUCAAACAUGCAACUGUAAGAAGCCCAAUCUUGACCCUAACUCCCCAUCCAACUAUCGUCCUAUCUCGCUACUGCCUUUUGCAUCCAAGAUCCUUGGAAGAAUUGUGUAUGCGAGAUUGACAGACUUCCUCGAGUCCAACUCUCUGCUAGACCCGCUUCAGUCUGGUUUCCGCGCUAAGCACUCUGUGGAAACGGCACUGACCAAAGUAUCCAAUGAUCUACUCGCUGCAAAAUCUUGUGGUCACUACUCUAUCCUAAUUCUCCUUGACCUGUCUGCGGCUUUUGACACUGUUGAUCAUCAACAGCUUCUUCUCAUCCUCCGCAAUAUCGGUCUACAAGAUAUUGCUCUCUCCUGGUGCUCCUCCUACCUCUCCCAGCGCUCUUUCAGUGUUUCUUUCUCUGGCUCUACUUCUUCUCCCCAACUCCUCUCUGUUGGUGUCCCCCAAGGUUCAGUCCUUGGUCCCCUACUGUUCUCCAUCUACACUGCCUCCCUUGGUAAACUCAUUAGCUCCUUUGGCUUCCAAUAUCAUUUCUAUGCAGAUGACAUGCAAAUCUACCUGUCCUCUCCUGAUCUUUCCCCAUCCCUCUUGACUAGUGUCUCUGACUGCCUCUCUGCUGUUUCUAACUGGAUGGCUGCCCACUUCCUUAAACUAAACUUGACCAAAACCAAAAUUCUGGUCUCUCCUCCUUUAAGUGUUGUUACUCCUGUGUCUGUCUCCCUCCAAGUCAACAGUGCUACCAUAAGCUCCACCACGCAGGCUCGCUGCCUAGGUGUUCUCUUUGACUCCGACCUUUCCUUCAAGCCUCAUGUUCAAUCUAUCGCCAAAUCCUGUCAUUUCCAUCUCAAAAACAUUGCGCGCAUCCGCCCCUACUUAACGCCAGAUGCGACUAUGGUGUUGGUCCAUUCCACUGUCCUUUCUCGCCUUGACUACUGUAAUCCGCUUCUCAGUGGUCUUACGUGCUCCCAACUUGCACCGUUACCGUCCAUAAUGAAUGCGGCAGCAAGGCUCAUCUUCCUGUCCACCCACACCUCCCGUGCCUCACCCUUCUGUCAGUCCCUACAUUGGCUUCCUAUAAAAUAUAGAGCUCAAUUUAAAAUUCUGUUUCUUGAUUUCAAAUGUCUACAUAAUGCUGCUCCCACCUAUCUAUCCUCCCUUAUACACAAGUAUGUCCCUUUUAUGCCCUUACCAUCUGCUGAAGACUUACGUCUAUCUUCUGUCCAUAUUCCCACCUCUGAUGCUCUCCUUCAAGAUUUCUCGAGGGCUGCACCAUUCCUGUGGAACUCGCUUCCCUUCUUCAUAAAAGCGUGUCAAUUAAACUGUUAAUAGCUCCUGACUGAUUCCUCUUCUGCAACUGUCACUAGUCUAAUACUAUCCUUACCUUUUUGUGUCAUUUUACCCCACUCCCUCUAGCAUGUAAGCUCAUUGAGCAGGGCUCUCAACCCCUCUGUUCCUGUGUGUCCAACUUGUCUGGUUACAACUACAUGUCUGUUCGUCCACCCAUUGUAAAGCACUGCGGAAUUUGAUGGCGCUAUAUAAAUACCAUAAUAAUAAUAAUAAUAAUAUACAUAACAGCGGCAGCACUUAAUUUUUCCUUAAUUUUGUGAAUGCUUAUGUAUUUGCCCCCAGUCUCACCUUCGCUGACACUGCGGUUGGCACAGGGGGAGAAUUCCUGUGCUGGACGUGUUGAAUUAUUCCACGAGGGAGCAUGGGGAUCAGUCUGUGAUGAUGGCUGGAAUCGAGUCAAUGCUGAUGUAGUGUGCCGGCAGGCUGGAUGUGGGAGCACUCUUCAGGCCAUUGUUAGCUAUGGACCGGGCAAUGGCACAGUCCUUCUAGACGAUGUAAUUUGCAAUGGAAAUGAGCAAGAAUUAUGGCAGUGCACACAUCGUGGGUGGUACAUACAUGACUGUGGAGCCCAGGAGCAUGUAGGCGUGAAAUGUGCAGGUAUCUACUCUUGGUAAAAAUAUGUUUUAUUUUUUAUUUACCAUAACAAUAACUAAGAUCACAUUUCAUUAUUAGUUGUGAAAUCUAUAGAGAUGUUGUGUUGUGGAGACAAGUGAAGAGCCUAAUCAUAGUUAUAGUGGGAUGUGAGGGCCACAAGUGCUUUAAUGUAAAGGUGUGAUUGCCUUAAAUGGACUUUCUAAACGCCGGCAUAGAUUAUGGACACAAAAAAACAAUGAAGAAAUUACUGCACAACCAAAAAGUGUGUAUUGUAGAUUUGUAACCAGUGAGAAAAACUGCAUUACUUUAGACUUGUGCAUUUGACUUUGAAUUGCGAUUUGUCAGACUUUUAUGCAAAUGCCGGUUCUUUAGAAUUCCUUUACUCUGAAACGCUAUAUGAACUAAUCCCCAUAAUAAUGAAAAGGACAGCAGACGACCAGUUUCUUCUCAUUCAUGAUUUCGAGUAAGGUGGCGCCAAUCUAGAGAUAGUUAAUAGGAUAAAGUAAUUAAUGGUUAGGGGACAGCCAUUAAAUCUUGGUUUUAUUCCCUGAUCAAUGGAGACGAAAAAAAAUUAUUUUAUAUUACAUAUUUUAUAUCUAAUAAAUAUUUAAUUAUAGAUAAAAAGUUUUAACUGUUCUUUCUUAUUUUCUCUCAGUUGGAUACUUCUCACUUGAUCUGCUAACCGUUUGAGAGGAAAAUGUUCCUAUAAGUGCACUGCAAAAUAUAUUUAUAGGAACAAUGAUUAGCCAAUUUACGUGCCUUUUGAUUUGUUGAAAUAAUUUUUCUCAAAAUGGUUGCAUGGAUGAAAUUAGUUUGACUCAAAACACAAAUCACAAAUUGACUGACACAAUUUUUUUUUGUCCGGAUGAAUCAAUUCAUCUGGAUUUUUUUUUUCCCCAUGUAAAAAUUCAGCUUAAUGAAUCAGUUUUGGCAUAUAUAUAAUACAUUUUUUGUCCUAAUGAAUCAAUUCAGCCAAACCAAAUUUUUUUUUUCACAUGUACAGCUUCAGCUUAAUGAAGCAGUUUUGGGAAAUAGAUUAUACCCUUACAGUAUCACAUCUAAAUUAUCUGCCAUUUAGAUGUUAAAUAACUUUGUCUAUAGGGUUCUAAUCACACCUCCCUGCUUGUGACCUUCACAGCCAUCCUAAAUACUUCCUACAAAGAGAGAUCUAAUGUUUACAGGAGCCUCCUGUGUGUGAUUAAAGUGCAAUUUACAGAGGAGGAGAUAGAAACUUUUAAAGCAGGUUAGCGUCUAUUUGAAAAUGAAAUCAAUUUUCUCAUGCAGGUUGUGUGAGUCACAACCAGGGGAGGUGUGGCUAGGGCUGCAUAGCAAAGUGAUUUAACUCCUAAAUAGCAGAGAAUUGAGCAGGGGAAUGAUCUAUACACACAAACUACUCCAUUAAGCUAAUGAUUUGAUGCCUAAAGAAUCCAUUUAAAAAGUAUCACAUCUCAUGUUCACGCAAUUGCAUAAUUAUAGAAGCGUGAACUGGUGCAACCAGAUAACUUUGUUCUUCUAGCAGUACCAUUAAAAUGUGAAGUGUAAUAUUUUGUGUGUUUUUACCAACAGUUCCCGGACUUUCAGAAUCCAGUAAUUCUGGUUAGUACAUGGUUAAUAUCGCAAAUACCAAUGAUUGGGCUUUGAUGUUAGAGAGCAAUAUAUAAACACUAAUUUGUGAGACAAAAUAAAUCAAUGAUAUUACGUAAAAAAGUGAUAUCCCAGGUGUACCUUACAACAACACCCAAAAUAGUACAGACAAUAAAGAAUGUGGGAAAAAUCACAAUACACAUAGAAAAAGGAAAAUAACAACCUGGAAAGGUAAAUGUAGAAUACUCCACUAAUAUAUAAUGGUAUCUGAAAAAUCAUAAAAAAUACAUAGCGUAAUACAGUAACACGAAACCCCCCAGUGAGUAUAAAUUAAAAAACUCACAAACAAACAAAAAAUUCAGGCUCAUCAGCCUUCCAAGGGUACUGGAUUGUGAAACUUCUAUGUAUAAUGUUUUUUAACAGAAAUGAGGAGGCUACAAUAGUGAAGUAAAAAUACAAUAAAUAUCUAAUUGUCUUUUUUUACGUCACUGUUGUGGCCUUCUUUCCUCCUAAUAAGAAACAUUAUACAUAGAAGAUCCAGUACCCUUGGAAGGGUGAUGAGCCUGAAUUUUUUGAUUGUUUGUGAGUUUUUUACUUUAUACUCACUGGGGGGUUUUGUGUUACUGUAUUCAUAGAACGAAUUGGUCGGUAAGUGAGGAGUUAAGGGAUUCCCUGCUCUGGUGCGCUUGUCUAUGUUCAGGGAAAUUUCCCCAAAACAUAGAUUAGAGGGAUUCCCUGCUGUGUUGUGCAUGUCUGUGUUCACGAACAUUUCCCAGAACAUAGAAGAAUGCACAAGAGCAAGGAAUCUUUCUAAUAUAUGCUUGGGGAAAUGUCCCUGAACAUAGAUGAACACAGCAGAUCAGGGAAUCCCUCUAAUUCCCACGAUGGCUCGCACUUACCACCCAGCGAGAGAGCUGGUCGUAAGUGCAAGCUGUCGUAAAACAGAUAGGUUGCAAAACGCGGACCACCUGUACUUCCAAAUUACUCUGUUGGAAGUAAUCACUUCAGCUGAUUUCUCUUUCCUAAGUUAUUUGCAUUUAUUAUUUACUGGAGUCUAAAAUACUGUGAUAUUUAAUCCUAAUCAGGAUCAACUUUACAGGGAGUGCAGAAUUAUUAGGCAAGUUGUAUUUUUGAGGAUUAAUUUUAUUAUUGAACAACAACCAUGUUCUCAAUGAACCCAAAAAACUCAUUAAUAUCAAAGCUGAAUAUUUUUGGAAGUAGUUUUUAGUUUGUUUUUAGUUUUAGCUAUGUUAGGGGGAUAUCUGUGUGUGCAGGUGACUAUUACUGUGCAUAAUUAUUAGGCAACUUAACAAAAAACAAAUAUAUACCCAUUUCAAUUAUUUAUUAUUACCAGUGAAACCAAUAUAACAUCUCAACAUUCACAAAUAUACAUUUCUGACAUUCAAAAACAAAACAAAAACAAAUCAGUGACCAAUAUAGCCACCUUUCUUUGCAAGGACACUCAAAAGCCUGCCAUCCAUGGAUUCUGUCAGUGUUUUGAUCUGUUCACCAUCAACAUUGCGUGCAGCAGCAACCACAGCCUCCCAGACACUGUUCAGAGAGGUGUACUGUUUUCCCUCCUUGUAAAUCUCACAUUUGAUGAUGGACCACAGGUUCUCAAUGGGGUUCAGAUCAGGUGAACAAGGAGGCCAUGUCAUUAGAUUUUCUUCUUUUAUACCCUUUCUUGCCAGCCACGCUGUGGAGUACUUGGACGCGUGUGAUGGAGCAUUGUCCUGCAUGAAAAUCAUGUUUUUCUUGAAGGAUGCAGACUUCUUCCUGUACCACUGCUUGAAGAAGGUGUCUUCCAGGAACUGGCAGUAGGACUGGGAGUUGAGCUUGACUCCAUCCUCAACCCGAAAAGGCCCCACAAGCUCAUCUUUGAUGAUACCAGCCCAAACCAGUACUCCACCUCCACCUUGCUGGCGUCUGAGUCGGACUGGAGCUCUCUGCCCUUUACCAAUCCAGCCACGGGCCCAUCCAUCUGGCCCAUCAAGACUCACUCUCAUUUCAUCAGUCCAUAAAACCUUAGAAAAAUCAGUCUUGAGAUAUUUCUUGGCCCAGUCUUGACGUUUCAGCUUGUGUGUCUUGUUCAGUGGUGGUCGUCUUUCAGCCUUUCUUACCUUGGCCAUGUCUCUGAGUAUUGCACACCUUGUGCUUUUGGGCACUCCAGUGAUGUUGCAGCUCUGAAAUAUGGCCAAACUGGUGGCAAGUGGCAUCGUGGCAGCUGCACGCUUGACUUUUCUCAGUUCAUGGGCAGUUAUUUUGCGCCUUGGUUUUUCCACACGCUUCUUGCGACCCUGUUGACUAUUUUGAAUGAAACGCUUGAUUGUUCGAUGAUCACGCUUCAGAAGCUUUGCAAUUUUAAGAGUGCUGCAUCCCUCUGCAAGAUAUCUCACUAUUUUUGACUUUUCUGAGCCUGUCAAGUCCUUCUUUUGACCCAUUUUGCCAAAGGAAAGGAAGUUGCCUAAUAAUUAUGCACACCUGAUAUAGGGUGUUGAUGUCAUUAGACCACACCCCUUCUCAUUACAGAGAUGCACAUCACCUAAUAUGCUUAAUUGGUAGUAGGCUUUCGAGCCUAUACAGCUUGGAGUAAGACAACAUGCAUAAAGAGGAUGAUGUGGUCAAAAUACUCAUUUGCCUAAUAAUUCUGCACUCCCUGUAUUUUAUUACUGCUGAAGUCUAUAUUCUCUGUAAAGCAAUCCCAAUCAGGAUCGAUCUUUGCUUAUGCAUUAUUACUUUUGAUUUAUAUUGCUGCAGAGGACUAUUAAACUGGAAUUACCAAAAUUCAAUAAAUAUAUAUACUUUCGUAAAGUGACGGUAUCAAAUUUAUUUUUUCACCUGCAGUUGUGUUCCAAAUGAAGUUAUUCUAAAAGUAUUACACAUAGUUAUUUGUGGUAGCAGGGUAAAGGUUACUAGAUAUAGUUAAUUUAUCCUGAUUAUACAGCAGCAAAUACUCAUAUUUUGCUCAUAAAAAAAGGCAAAUCUGAUAAUGACAAUAUAUUGAUGGAAUAAAAUAAUUAUUAUCUGUUAUAAAGGGUGUGACAAAAAAAUGAAUAAAAUAAAAAACAAUUACUAAAAUCUUAUGAGGUUAGGCAUCUAACGUGGAGAUCUGCUUUGCUUUAAUUCUUCUAACAUGUUUCUAUGUUUUUAAAAAUAUGCGUUGACAAAAUAAAUAAUUGAAGACACUAACAAAUAUUCUGCAUUAUUUCUUCUAACAUGGAUCUAUGUUUUUAGCAGUCCACGUAGAGCUGCGCCUAUCUGCUGGUUGGAACCGAUGUGCAGGUCGCGUGGAGGUGUAUUAUAACAACAAUUGGGGCACAGUGUGUGAUGAUUUGUGGGACCUCAAUGAUGCCCAUGUUGUGUGCAGACAACUAGGCUGUGGAACAGCUACAUCUGCUCUUGCCCUGGCAUAUUUUGGUCAAGGAAAUGGGAGCAUUUUUCUGGACGAUGUGGCUUGUGUUGGUGAUGAAUCUCUCCUUGCGCAAUGUAACCACAGAGCUUGGGGUGUGCACAAUUGCAUACACAGUGAAGAUGCAGGGGUGAUUUGUUCAGGUAUCUGUUUAUUUCAAAAUUAUUACAUUGUAUAUUUGUCUGUCUGUCUGUCUCUCUCUCCUCCUCUCUCCUUAAACAUUGAUCAGCCACAAAAUUAAAACCAAUGACUGGUGAAGUGAAUAACAUGAAUGUAUCAUUACAAUGGCACCUGUCAAGGGGUGGGAUAUAUGAGGUAGCAAGUGAACAAACAGUUCUUGAAUUUUAAGUGUUAGAAGCAGAAAAAAUGGAAAAGCAAAAAGAUCUGAGUGACUUUGACAUAGGCCACAUACUGAUGGUUGGAUGAAUGGGUCAGAGCAUCUUCAAAACACUAAGUCUUGUUCCUGGUAUGCAGUGGUUAGGAUCUACCAAAAAUGGUGCAAGGGAAGAGAACUGGUGAGCCAGCAUCAGGGACAUUGGGUCCCAAGGUUUAUUGAACCAUGUGGAGAGUGCAGGCUAGCCCAUUUGGUCCAAUCACACAGAACCACCUCGCAACUUGCAGGACUUAAAGGAUCUGCUGCUAAUGUCUUGGUGCCAGAUACCAAAGGACAUGUUGAAAGGUCUUGUGGACCAUCCGAUUGCCUCCACAGAACAUGUUUCCACUGUUCCAGAGUCCAGUGGCGGUGUGCUUUACACCACUUGAUCCGAUGCUUAGCAUUGUGCUUGGUGAUGUGAUGAUUGCAUGCUGCUAUUCAGCCAUGAAAACUCAUUCCAUGAAGCUGCUGCCACACGUUUUUUGUGCCGAUAUUAAUAAGCAAAGAUUUGGAGCUUUUCAGCUAUGGAAUCAACAGAUCAUUGGCAACUUUUACUCACCAUGCGCCUCAGCACUUGGUGACCCUGCUCUGUGACUUUAAGUGGUCUUCCGAUACAUGGCUGAGUUACUGUUGUUCCUAAAUGCUUCUGCUUUCCAAUAAUAACACUUAGAGUUGACCAUGGAUUAACUAGCAGGAAUGACAUUUCAUGAACUGACUUAUUGCAAAAGUAGCAUCAUACCACAGUAAAACACUUGAAUUCACUGAGCUCUUCAAUAGGACCCAUUUUACCCCACAAAUGUUUGUAAAUGCAGACUGCAUGAUUUUAUAACAUGUGGCAAUGAGUAUGAUUCAAACACUGAAUUCAGUAAUUAAGGAGGAGUGUCCCAAUACUUUUGUCCAUAUACAUAUAAUUUUCUUUGAUUUAGAUUAAAACUUUGUUACAGACGUUUAUUAAUUUUUAUUUCUUUAAAAAUAAAUAAUGUAAUUGAGAAGAAACUUGAGAUAAAAAAAUGAAAUAAUUGUUUAGGAACAUUAAAGGUACAUAUGUAUUUGUAAUGGAAAAAAGAAAAAAUAAUAAAUCAGAUAAAGACAUUGAUUGAUGACCUUGACAUAAUAAGCUUUCCGAUUGAUUCAGUCCUGUUAAUAAACAUUUGGAAUGCUUAUUAAAUCAAGGUCUGUUUAAUGGGCAUUACUGUUUCCUGUGCAAAGUCCUAAUUCUUUUAGUUGAAGCGUCUAUGCUUUAGUUAUGAAUAAUCCAAUUCACUAGAGGCCAUUCCUUGUGUGAACUGAAACCUUUUUAAUGGAAGUUUUAGAAGACGUUUAAACAAAUAUAAUCUAAUACUGAACUCUCAUCCUUUCAAUUUUGUUUCGUCUUUUAGCUGCUGGAUCCCCACCAUCAGCACCUUCAGGUAAUGGAAUGUUCUGCUCUAGUCAGUAUAGUGUUAGCAUUUAUGGUAUAGGUUUUGGACAAAUUCUUCCUUCACCCCUUUUGUAUCCUCAGUGCCAGACUAUAACAUUUUGUUACAAAAAAAAAAAAUCUAAAAUGUCCUCCCAUUUAUUUUGUAGGUUCAACUCCACCAGUAACAGCAAGGCAAACUAUUGCAGGUGGGUGAUGAUUAUUUUGUAAUGGUGCAGGUCAUCUGACAGCUAUUUUGUGUGCCUCCUUACUUAUUUCUCCAGGACUCUUCAGCGUGUUGUCUAUAAUUCUGGUCAUUGGUCCUUUUGGAUCACAACCAAGGCUUUGGUUUUAAAAAACUGUGUUUAACACAGUGCUCCAUUUCUAAGGAUGGAGUCUGAAACACAAUGUCUGUCUGUGCUCAUUUGCAUGUUGAGCUUAGCAUUCUGGGAACAUUAAUUUUCAGAAUUGCUUUACCCCUUCUAAUGCUUUCAUGCAAAGAGCAUGUCCCCCUAAUUAAUAGAUAGCAAUGCCAUACAAACACUUUUACAGCCCUCCAUUCCACUCAUCUAUAUCAUCCUGUUUAUCCUGUUUAUCGGCCUAAUUCUAAGGUUUACAUGCUGUAGUAAUCUGUAUAAUGUACCAAUGUAUUUUGUACUUCUUGACUGUUCAAAUUAAGGACUAACAAUUAUAUUAUGUAAAAAUCUGUCAGUUUUGGCACUGUUAAACAAAUGUUAAGUAAAUACAUUGACAAUAGUGUAGAAAUGGCUUUUGUUGGAACAAACACAAACACAACAUAUGUGUAUGUGCUCAAACAGAGAAAGAAAAAGUGUAAAGGAAUUCACAGUGAAGAAAUUUAAAAAUAGUAAAAUUUGAAUGUUUUUUUUCUGUUUGAAAAUUAGAAUAAUAACAAAAUUGGAUAAUGCAGCUUUCUUAAUUAGAAUAAUUGGACACGCUUCUUUGACUGACAAAUGUUAUUUAUAAUGGGGCCAAACACCAUUCUCAUGAACCUUUUUAAAGCUACAGGUAAGAUAGAUGCAUUGUGUUGCUGUCUGCAGCCAAAGCCAAAACAGUUUAACUUUGAGUGCAAAUUUUUGGUUACAUAGACCCCAACACUUGUUUUUAUUUAUUUUUGGCAAAAAUAAAAAAAUAGAUUUGGCAUAGUUUGGCAUAGUUUGGCAUAGUUACUGCCAUAGUUACUGCAUCUAAAAACAAAGAUGUAUUACUAUUUGGUGCUAUAAUUACAGACUUACUCCAGUUUUUUUUUCUCAUUCUAGUGUAAAAUCCGCACUUACGCUGAGAAAAUAACUACAGUAAAUUCUGUGUGUAAUUGCUGUGCAUAUAUGAAAUAAAUUUAAGUGAUCUCUUCAUUGUGACCUUGUAUGUGCUGAAUUUUCCCUCCUCUACAAUAGGUUUAGAAGGACUUUUUGGUUUGCGUCUUGCGGAUGGAAGUAGCCGGUGUGAAGGACGCCUUGAAGUUUUCUACCUAGUGACGUGGGGAACAGUUUGUGAUGACUUUUGGGAUGUGAGAGCAGCCAUGGUUGUGUGCAAGCAGCUAGGCUGUGGGGUGCCUGUUUCUACGAUUGACCAAAUGCAAUUUGGCAGAGGGUCUGGACCAAUCUUACUGGACGAUGUGACUUGUAGGGGUACAGAGUCCUUUCUGUGGCAGUGUCCCCACAGAGUGUGGGGCAUUCAUAACUGUGAUCACAGCGAGGAUGUCAUUGUGGUUUGCACAGGUAAUAAGGCAUCUGUCUGGCUGUUCAUUUCCUGUACCUUAAUUUGUGGGUGAAAAGGUGAAUUUAAACACCUUAAUAUUGGGUUUAACACUCUAGUAGAUACAUGUUUGUGUGCCUGACACUAUAGUGUUCCUUUAACUUGCAAUUCACCCAUUUUCUCUAAAUAUUACCCCUUAUUGCCUGGCAAUUAUCCCUCUCCAUAUGCCAAGAUUAUAUUUCCAUAAUUGCACCCGACCCCCAAAGACAUAGGAACAAAUUCACACGGAAACUGACUCUCAGACACUGCACUUAGACUUGUAGUCUUGCAAAAACAAAGAAUGGAAGAAUGGAAUUAUAAGAAUGGAAAAUUAAGUAAUGGAUUCCAUCAUUUUAUAGAUGUGUCCACCCUUCCUCAGUCCCCAUAACUCCUUGUUUCUUGAAGUUUGGAAACCAGUUAAAGUAUUGUUUUAGCUAUCACAUUUUUUUAUAUUUAUCUUGUGCAUUUAUUUUUUUUUUUCACCUGUUGGAUCCUCGCCAAAAACAUCUCAAGGUAACGUAAAGCUCUAUUCUAUUGCGUAAGGUAUAUAUACAUAAUUAUCAUUAGUUUCAUCCAAACUCCUUCCUUCACCGUUCUUGCUUUUAUAACCUCUAUUGCAUUCUUAGUGCCACACUGAAACGUCUUGUCGCAAUGAACUCAUUAAACUAUUCUUCCUUACUUAUCACAGGUUCAAGUCCAGCCGUCAUAACAAAGAGAAGUACAGCAGGUAGAUGAUGAUAAAAUAAACAAGUCAAAUUAUUAUCUACACUAUGUGAAUGCAAUGAUGUAACAAUAAUGAUGAUAAGAAUGGGAGAUAACAAAACCCCCAACCACAAGGAAAAAUAAGAAUAAAAAAAAUGUACAAAUGACCUGCCUAAAAUACUUGGAUGUGGUAGGGGUAAAUUUUAAUUGAUAUUAAUUACAAAAAGAUGCAUUAAAAAUUUUUCGUCAAUCAAUUUUUAUUGAGGCAAAGUUCUAGUUUGCAGUAUGGCAUUUGUGAAAUCUGCAAGUCCUCCCUGUAAGGAUGUCCACACACAAGCCCUGUUCUCUUCACUUACUAGUUGACUAAAACCACCGUGUCUGGACGAGACUGAGAUAUAAAUGUUCAACCUGAAAGGAAAUCCUAUGGCAGGGCUGCCAAUGCAUAUACCUUGAUUUUAAUAUUUACUUUAAUAAUUGUUGCCACAUUUGUUUGUAAUAUCUUCAUAGCCCUGUUAAACCUAGGAUCUCUCUAGUUUAGGGGGGCUGCCUCAAAGCAGCAGGGGGAGGUGUCGCUAGUCUUAGGAUUUAUACCGGUACCUUUUCCACCUUUCAAGUUUGGCUGACCCUCCCAUUCCUUCUUUAAAUUUCCUGUGCGUCCACUUUUAUUUUACACACGGAUCUCUUUUGAGGUCUAUAGCACAUUGGUAAUGGGGUUGACCUAGAUAGCCCUGUAAUCAGGGCUGUAGUGGCCAGAGUGCUAACCGUACUGCUUAUGAUCAUCCUCUCCUACCCACCCACGUACGUCUAGAUAAAGAUCCUAAUCGAAGGGGUCACUACUGGGCUAUGCUGUAUUGAUAUGCGAGAGGAUUACUACCUUUGAUCUAAAAUACUUGACAGUCUCUCUCUAUUCCCUUGUUAUGUCCAGACCUGAUCUAAUACCCAUAUCCCGAUACUGCUAACGAGAUCACAGGAGGUCUAUUGUACUUCACAAACAUCUUAGAUUUAUUUUUAUCACAGAUUCGAAGGACACUCUUACAAACAGUUUAUUAGCUUGUCUGUCUGUCUGUCUCUACACUGGAAUGUAUGUAUUAGAAUUGUUCUUCAACAUAUUUAUCUGUUUAAAAAAAAGUUUAUAUGUAUGUCGUAGUGUAUGUUUAUAUGUGCAUAUAUCUCAGCAUUCAAAUACUAGUACAAUAUGCAAACACACCGCUGCAAUCAAACACAAACAUUGCAUAAAGACACACCCCUGCAUUCAACCUUAAAAAUUAUGUACAAACACACCCAGUCAUCAUUCAAACACCACCACUACUACUCACAUAUGUGCACCCGCAUUUAAAAGCAACAUUACAUACAAACACACUCCUUUAAUCAAAUGUAAACAUUACUUACAUACACACUGCUGUAUUAAAAUUUUAACCCCUUAAGGACGGAGCCAAAUGUACACGUUGUGAACGAAACAAAAUGUAAACAAAACCUGGCAUUUGCGCUACAUGUCUGUCCAACUGUAAUUCACCUAUUUCAUAGUAAAUGCACCCACCCUUAUUAUAUAUCAUUUUAUUCAGGGGAAACAGGGCUUUCAUUUAAUAUCAAAUAUUUAGCUAUGAAACAUAAUUUAAUAUGAAAACAAUGGGAGAAAAUAAGAUUUUUUUAAAAUUUUUUAGUUCUACAUGACAUUUUAACUGUCAAUGUCAUAAUACUGUUUGCUUUUACUGCAAUAAAAUACACAUAUUUGUAUUCAGCAAAGUCUCACGUGUAAAACAGUACCCCCUAUGUACAGGUUUUAUGGCGUUUUGGGAAGUUACAGGGUCAAAUAUAGCAUGUUACAUUUGUAAUUGAAAUUCGCCAGAUUGGUUACGUUGCCUUUGGGACUUUAUAGUAGCCAGGAAUUAAAUUUACACCCAUAAUGGCAUACCAUUUGCAAUAGUAGACAACCCAAUGUAUUGCAAAUGGGGUAUGUCCAGUCUUUUUUAGUAGCCAUUUGGUCACAAACACUGGCCAAAGUUAGCGUUAGUAUUUGUUUGUGUGAAAAAUGCAAAAAAACGCCAAUUUGGGCCAGUGUUUGUGACUAAGUGGCUACUAAAAAAGACUGGACAUACCCCGUUUGCAAUACCUUGGGUUGUCUACUAUUGCAAAUGGUAUGCCAUCAUAUGGGUAAUUUUCAUUCUCGGGCUACCAUAGGGUCUCAAAGGCACCGUAACCAAUCUGGAAAAUUUUAAUGUGAAAAAAAUGAAACACAAGCCUUAUAUUUGACGCUGUAACUUUUGAAAACACCAUAAAACCUGUACAUGAGGGGUACUGUUGUACUCGGGAGACUUCGCUGAACAAAAAUAUUUGUGUUUCAAAACAGUAAAAAGUAUCGCAGCAAUAAUAUCGUCCGUGUAAGUGCUGUUUGUGCAUUAAAAAUGCAAAAAACAUCACUUUUACUGGCGAUAUCAUCGUUGUAAUACAUUUUACUGUUUUGAAACACUAAUAUUUGUGUUCAGCGAAGUCUCCCGAGUAGAACAGUACCCCCCAUGUACAGGUUUUAUGGUGUCUUGGAAAGUUAUAGGGUUAAAUAUAAUGCUAGCAAAUUAAAUUCCCUUUACUUUCGGCAUGGGUUGUCAGGCAGGUCCCGCUAAUUGUAAUUAAUUAAGAUACCUAAUUAUGUAAAAAUAUUAAAUAAAUAUAUAUGUAGAAUUAAUAUAUGUAUAUAUAUAUAUAUAUACAUAUGUGAAUCUAUAUUUGUAUAUCUAUAUAAUUUUUAAAAAAUAUUUUUAUUUAUAUAUAGGUAUAUAUAUAGUGAUAUAUACGUAUAUAUUUAUGUAUGUAGAUAUAUAUAUUAUUUCGUUCUACGUGUAUUUUGAUAUAAAUAUAUAUAUAUUAAUAUCACAAUGCAGUUAGAAUGAAAUAACACACAUCUAUAUAUUUUUUUAUUAAUUUUUUAAAAUUAUUUUUUAAAUUUUAUUUUUUACCGUAUUUACAUAUUUAAUUUUUGUAUAUUAUAUAUAAAUAUAUAUAUAACAAUAAUUAUAUAUAUUUAAUCAGUAUCAGUCUACGUGUAAUUUGAUAUUAAUAUAUAUAUAUAUAAUUAUAUAUAUAUUAAUAGUAAAAUACACCUAGACAGUGUACGUGUGUGUAUGUAUAUAUAUAUAUAUAUAUAUAUAUAUAUAUAUAUAUGAUCUAAGUAUAUAUUUAUUUAUUUUUACACUAAUAAAUUUAAUUUUAUUUUUAUUUUCAGCCAGCAGGGGGACCACCUGUCAUUACAUUGCUGGCAAUGCAGGAGGCAGCUACCCCCGGCCAUGUGAUUGUGGGGUCCUCGCUAGGACCCCACUAUCACAUGGCCGGGGGUCACCGGAGGAGAAGGAUUUGCCGCGGGGGGGCUCCCUGGGAGUCCCCCCCACCACGAUCGCCAGCGUGGGACCGCCGGCGACCGGGUAAGUUAACAAAAACCGGAGGGCGUACAAUUAUGCCCGGCGGCUUUUAGAGCCGCCUAAAAUAGGGCGUAAUUGUACGUCCUCCGGUCUAAAGGGGUUAAAAGUAUAUACAAACACCAACACUACACACAAAAGCAAACCUGCAUGUAACAGCCAACACUACAUUCACACACACUUCUGCAUUCAAACAUAAACACUACACACAAGUACAUCACUGCAUUCCAUUGGUAAUAGUACACACAAAUACAACCCUACAUGCGCACACACACACACUCUAUGCAAACAAUGCUCACAAAUACAACCCUUUAAGGAUGGGCAAAUGGUAAAUUCCCAGCUGGCAUAGCAUCAUGGGAGUUUGACAGAUGGGGAUCUAGCUUUGUGGUAGAGGGGUGUCCAAAUCAAUUCUUGCACCAGGGCUCACUCUGCAUUAGUUCCGCCACUGAUUUAGUGUUAGCAGGGGGCUGAAUUGUAGAUAGUCUUCCUUCAUAAUUGUAGAAAGUUAAAGGGAUGGUGAUGGUGCCAGAAUCCUCCAGGGAACUCCUAACAGCAAAACCACUACAGUGGACUACAGUGGUUAUGGUGUUUGCAGUAAACCUUUAGUUAAUGAAUGUGAACUGAAACCCAAUAUUUUAUCUGGUCUCCAUCAACAACAUCUUCAGGUAACCUCAUAUUCAAUUUUGUAAUGUAUUGCGUAAUAGCUUGUUUUUGUCUGUGUUUCGUCCUUUACCUUUGUUGGUCCAAUACUUUUCAUUGCAUCCUUGUUUCUAGCCUAAAACCUCUUGUCAAAAUGAAAUCGUAUAAUUUUGUUUUCUCAUAGGUUUACCUUCUACCAUCACAGCAAUAAGAAACAGAACAGGUGUGUCAUGCUUAUUUUGUCAAAUAUGUCGUCAUCAAAAUACACUGUCUGAAAGCAGAAAAUUCCCCAUGCUGAAUGUUUUAGAACAGAACCCUAAAAGGUGCUAUGCAUUAAUUCUACUAGCUUGUAUGGGCGUUGCUGGGGGUCACCUGAGCGUGAGCCCCGAGUAGAGUCAUGAAAAGCACUAAAUCUGACUUUCAUUGUUAGACCAGAAUCAACUUACAUUUCUCCUGUCCUGGGUUGUAUACUCUGGAGCGAAGGGACACCGUGCCUGCUGUUGUCCACUGUGGUGGACUUAGUGGGGCCUAGCGAAAAUAUUGGGCGGGAGAGGUGGCCGCUCUCCCACUCCACGAAGGUCUGGAACCUCACAGAAUCCUUCUGCUGCCCCGUUUCCCCCACCUUUGGACCGACAGGGGUCAUCCCAAUCCACAUCAAGGAGGCCUUAUUGCCGAAUCUAUCUGCUGAUGAGGGCCGAUCCUCCUGAGAGUCUGUGUGACGCUGUAAUGGCAGCUGCCAUGUGCUCACCAGUCCUCAAUGGUGUGCAAACCCUCACUGACCUGCAUUUCAUCUCUGCCGAUUUCUGGAAACAGCUGCACAAUCCCAUGCCCAGCCCUCAGAAAGAGCCGACAGGCGGAUUGCCUCUGCAGUUGUGGAGUGUGGUGUUGGAGGGGCCAGCAAUUACAGCCCUCAAAGGGGCCCAGCAAUAGUGGUGGAACCAAGCAUCUCCCCAGAAGGACUAGGCUACAUCCAGACAACCUUCCAAUGAGGAUCCUCGGUGGCAUUGUAUAGGACUGGAUCAGAUGCCUGUAAUAUCGGAGGGCCUCUUUAGGCAGCCACUAGGCACACCACACAACCCUGUAGGGUCACAACUCACUAGCCUGUCUGGCUAAGAGGGGGAGAGGGUACACCCAUGGAGGAAAUACUAUCUUUCCCUGUAGCAGAACACUGACUCAUUUUUAUUUCUGUAUCGUUUUCAUCAGGGACACUAUAGUCACCUGAACAACUUUAGCUUAAAGAAGCAGUUUUGGUGUAUAGUACAUGCCCCUGCAGCCUCACUGCUCAAUCCUCUGCCAUUUAGGAGUUAAAUCCCUUUGUUUAUGAACCCUAGUCACACCUCCCUGCAUGUGACUUGCACAGCCUUCCAUAAACACUUCCUGUAAAGAGAGCCCUAUUUAGGCUUUCUUUAUUGCAGGUUCUGUUUAAUUAAGAUUUUCUUAUCCCCUGCUAUGUUAAUAGCUCGCUGUACCCUGCAAGAGCCUCCUGUAUGUGAUUAAAGUUCAAUUUAGAGAGUGAGAUACAAUUAUUUAAGGUAAAUUACAUCUGUUUGAAAGUGAAACCAUUUUUUUUUCAUGCAGGCUCUGUCAAUCAUAGCCAGGGGAGGUGUGGCUAGGGCUGCAUAAACAGAAACAAAGUGGUUUAACUCCUAAAUGACUGAAUUGAGCAGUGAAAUUGCAGGGGAAUGAUCUAUACACUAAAACUGCUUUAUUUAGCUAAAGUAAUUUAGGUGACCAUAGUGUUCCUUUAAGUUUAUAUGUCUCUUGGUGUUUAACCAGCUACUAGACCAUGGCAGAGCCUCCUUGGUGGGCACAAGUAUUCUUGUGCAAUAAGCCUGCAAACUUGUAUUACGCUUGUGCACUUUCACUCUCUCUGUCCUUGGUACUUCACUGACAAUGCAAGAAUCUAGUUUCAUAACCUUUAUACCCUAGGACACAAUGUUUAACUUGUUUAUUCAGCAUAUUUUAAAGAAAAAAAAAAGAAAAAGUGCAACAAUCCACCCAAAAUUUAAAAGGAAAAAAUUGCCCAUGAUGUAUAUUAUUAUUAUUGGCAUUUAUGUAGCCCCAACAAAUUCCGUAGCGCUUAAAAUAUUAUUGGUGGAGAAGAUUUAACAAUAAAUGAGACAAUUACCAAAUCUUAUAGGAACGAUAUGUUGAAGAGGAUCCUGCUCAAACAAGCUUACACACUAGAGGAUAUGAAUGUGUGUGCAUGCCUGUGAAUUGGGACGUUCGGUAAUACCUGUUCAUACCUAUGUAUUCAUUUUUACCAUCAGCCCCUAAAAAUAUAAGCUGCAUAUAUUAUCUUUUUGUGUCUUUAAUAUCUUCCUUUUCUUUUGUUAUUUUCAGGAUGAGUAUCAAAAAAAACCUGUGAAAGAUGAUUUACAUAUCGUGACACAACACUUCAUCUCUAGAGAUUUGUAACUUUUCAUCUUCAAUCUUCCAAUUAUCAGUAUAACGUUUUACAAGUUACAUUUUUAAUGAGGCACAGAGGAAAUAUUGCUUGCCCACUAGACAUAUAUAAAUAGAGCAAAACGAUAGAGAACCAGUUGUAGAAAAGAAUGUUGGUAUUGGUGUUGUAUUGGACAGAUUUCUGUAUUAAAAUGUACUGUAGGUCAUUAUUACAUUAAAUAUACUGCCAUAUAAAAAAUGAAAUAAAAACCAUUUUGUUCCUGAAUGCAGCGCACUUUAAGGGACCAUAUUUCUUGAUCUUGAAUUGAUGUAAC